AGAAAUACCAUCAAAGAAAUAAAAAAAAAUAAAAAAAAGAAGAGAGAAUGUUCCAUGCCAAGAAACCUUCUACUAUGAAUUCUCAUGAUAGACCCAUGUGUGUUCAAGGUGAUUCCGGUCUCGUCCUUACCACUGAUCCAAAACCUCGUCUUCGUUGGACUGUUGAGCUUCAUGAACGCUUCGUUGAUGCUGUUACUCAGUUAGGUGGACCUGAUAAGGCAACACCUAAGACUAUUAUGAGAGUUAUGGGUGUUAAGGGUUUAACUCUUUACCAUCUCAAGAGUCAUCUUCAGAAAUUUAGACUGGGAAAACAACCGCACAAAGAAUUUAAUGAUCACUCAGUGAAGGAUAGCGAUAGAGCUACAAGUUUAGAACUGCAAAGAAAUUCAGCAUCUUCAUCUGGAAUGAUCGGACGUAAUAUGAAUGAGAUGCAAAUGGAGGUGCAGAGAAGGCUGCAUGAACAAUUGGAGGUACAGAGACACCUUCAAUUGAGGAUUGAAGCACAAGGAAAAUACAUGCAAACUAUAUUAGAAAAAGCUUGUCAAACAUUGGGUGGAGAAGAAAACAUGGCAUUACCAACAAGAACCUUUAAAGGUAUUGGAAAUCAUCAAGGAGGAUUAAUACCAGACAUUUCAGCUGCCUUUAAAGAAUUUGGAACACCUCCUCUAACUUUCUCGUCAUUCCAAGAUUUGAACAUAUGUGGAGAACACAUCGAUCUUCAUGCUCAGAGUAGCAUGGGUGAACGCUCAUCGUCCUUUGAUGGAUUCAUGAACUUGAGCAAUACUACAACUGAUCAUAACUUGUCUCUUGGAAAGAAAAGGUCUAGCCCUUACAAUACUAGCAAUGGAAAGAGUCCAUUUAUGUGGUCAGAUGAUUUUCGUCUACAUGAAUUAGGUGGAGGAGGUUCGUGUUUAGGUUCUAAUAAUGAAGACGAUCAUCAAAUUAUUCAGAUGGAGAGGAGUUGCAACCCUGAGAUUGAUUCGGUGUCUGAUAUCUACGAAUCUAAGCCAUUACUGCAAGAUGAGAAGAAAUUUGACGCGAAGCUGGAGAGACCUUCUCCAAGAAGAGCUGCCCAGGUUUCGAGUUUGAGUGCUCAAGGUGGACGAAAUUCUGUUUUCGGGUAAAAACUUAGAUAAUUUUUUACACUGGAACUUUUUUCUAAUUUAUCGAGUUUAUGAUAUAU